CAAAGCGGCUAGCAGUGCCGGGCAACCUGGCCCCGCCUGCAGCACGCCCGGGCCACACAGUCCAGGGGGGCGCCCGCAGUCGGGUUGCAGCGUCCGACUGAAAAAAAGCCGUCCCACCUUUGCAGUUCCGUAUUUGGAGGGGGAGCUGCCUGGAAGUCGACAGAACGGAACCACACAGCUUGGUUGUCCUGCACAAUAAGCGCCCUCCUCGCCGAUUUUCCCGACAAAACAAAUCCACAAGAGUCUGAAGAUGGCGACCGCGACACAGACCAGUGGAGGGGGUGGGAAUGCGGCGUUCAGGGACAAGGAGAAGCCGCUGGCUGUCCGGUCCGCGAACAUCGUCGCCGCCAGAGCCGUCGCCGACGCCAUCAGGACAUCGCUGGGCCCGCGGGGCAUGGACAAGAUGAUUCGCAGCGGCAAGGGCGAGACCACAAUCACCAACGACGGCAGCACAAUGCUCCAGAAAAUGUCCGUCAUGCACCCGACAGCCAAGAUGCUCGUCCAACUGUCCAACGCCCAAGACGUCGAAGCUGGUGACGGCACAACCUCGGUGGUGGUGAUCUGCGGCAGCCUGCUGGGUGCUGCCGACCGGUUACUGUCCAAGGGCAUCCACCCCUCCGUCAUCUCCGAGUCGUUCCAGAGGGCCGCCGCGGCCGCCGUCCAGGUCCUCCACGACAUGUCACAACCCAUCGCCCUCACAGAUACCGCCUCUCUCCUCCAGGCGGCAAACACAUCCCUCUCCUCCAAGAUCGUCUCACAGUACUCGAACCUCCUCGGCCCCAUGGCCGUGAACGCAGUCACCAAGACGAUCGACCUCAAGACGGCGGACAAUGUCGAUCUCAAAAACAUCCGCAUCAUCAAGAAGGUCGGCGGGACGAUAGAGGACAGCGAGCUGGUGGACGGCCUGGUCUUGACACAACCCGUAAUCAAGAGCGCAGGGGGGCCGGUACGGAUGGAAAAGGCCAAGAUCGGCCUGAUCCAGUUCCAGCUGAGCCCGCCCAAGCCUGACAUGGAAAACACCAUCUCGGUCAACGACUACCGGCAAAUGGACAAGAUUGUCAAGGAGGAGCGCAUGUACCUGCUGAACAUGGUCAAGAAGAUCAAGAAGGCCAAGUGCAACGUCCUCCUCAUCCAAAAGUCCAUCCUCCGCGACGCCGUCAACGACCUCUCGCUGCACUUCCUCCAGCGCCUUGGCAUCCUAGCCGUCAAGGACAUCGAGCGCGACGAAGUCGAGUUCAUCUGCAAGUCGACCGGGUGCAAGCCCAUCGCCGACAUCGACAGCUUCACCGAGGACAAGCUGGGCUCGGCCGACCUCGUCGAGGAGGUCCAGAGCUCCGGCAGCCGCAUGGUCAAGGUGACCGGGACCAAGUCGGCCGGCAAGACCGUCUCGGUGGUCGUGCGCGGCGCCAACAGCCUGAUCCUGGACGAGGCCGAGCGCUCGCUGCACGACGCGCUCUGCGUGGUGCGCUGCCUGGUCAAGAAGAAGGCGCUCAUCGCGGGCGGCGGCGCGCCCGAGAUCGAGAUUGCCUCGCAGCUGGGCAAGCAGGCCCGCGCGCUGACCGGCACCGAGGCCAUCUGCUGGAAGGCCUUCGCCGACGCCAUGGAGGUCAUCCCGACCACGCUGGCCGAGAACGCCGGGCUCAACAGCAUCAAGGUCGUCACCGACCUGCGCCACCGCCACGAGCUGGGCGAGAAGAACGCCGGCGUCAGCAUCAAGAGCGGCGGCGUCAACUCCAACAUCGCCAAGGAGAACGUCCUGCAGCCGCUGCUCGUCAGCACGAGCGCCAUCGAGCUCGCCGCCGAGACGGUCAAGAUGAUCCUGCGCAUCGAUGAUAUUGCGCUGAGCAGGUAAAAAGAGGGACCCGAAGGGGAAGAGGGAUGGGCGGAGGGGAG